AUGAACCGCCUCUUCGGCUCGUCCUCCUCGAAGCCGAAACCCUCCCUCGCAGACGCAAUCGCUUCUACCGACCUGCGAAUCGACUCGAUCGAGGUCAAGGUCCGCAAGCUCGAUGCCGAGCUCACCAAGUACCGGGAUCAGAUGAGGAAGAUGCGGGACGGGCCGGGAAAGAACGCCGUGCAGCAGCGCGCCCUCCGCGUCCUCAAGCAGAAGAAGCUGUACGAGUCGCAGAUCGCGCAGCUGCAGCAGCAGAGCUUCAACAUGGAGCAGACGACGAUGACGACCGAGAAUCUGCGCUCGACGAUGGCGACGGUCGACGCGAUGCGGAUAGCGAACAAGGAGAUGAAGAAGCAGUACGGCAAGAUCGACAUCGACAAGAUCGAGGCGAUGCACGACGACAUGGCAGACUUGAUGGAGGCGGCAAACGAGGUCCAGGAGUCGAUGUCGCGGGCGUACGGCGUCCCGGACGAGCUGGACGAGGCGGAUCUCGAGGCGGAGCUUGAGGCGCUCGGGAACGAGUUCGAGGAGGAGGAAGGGAUUCCCUCUUACCUUCAGGCGAGCGCGACGAGCGAGCUGCCGGACUUUGUCGACGAGCCACCGCAGAAGGAGGAGGCUCCGAAGGAACGACUCGGAGAAGGUGUGGUCUAG